AUGGAAAAGCAGGACAUCAGUGCAAUGGCAAGGAUAUCUGCCUUCCUGGGCGGCUCUACACACACAUUUAUACUGGUCUUGACCUUUGCCUUCCUGGUCUGUGAGAUUGUGGUUGGACAAAUCUGCAGAUCCAUUCUCAUCGUAGUGGACAGCUUCCACACACUCUACGUUUGCAUACAUAUGGCUCUAUCAGCCAAAAGCCUCUCUUCAAACCCAACUGGAGGGCCUAGUUUUCUGCCUGAUGGGCAACAGUACUGCAGGAUGCGUCUCAAGCCUUUUGGUAUCCUGAUCUCCUCUCUGCUGUUGGCCUCACAGUGUGUCUCCAUUAGUCUGGAGAUUCUCACCCACCUUGUGCAGCCAGAACCCAUUCAACACCCAUUCUUAUCCAUUGUUGUUGGGGUAGCAAGUCUGUUAUUCAAUAUAUUAAUAUUAGCCUGGAGAAGCAGAGCUAGAGGGCUGGAUAAAGCCACUGAGGAUUUCAACAAUUGUCCAGAACUGACACAAACUAGCCCUAAUUAUACAUCUGAAGAUAAAGAGGGAGCUCUCCAGGAUGAUGCACUGAUGUUCUGCAACCCUGAAGCACCUUGUGUUCUGGAUUCAGAUCAAAGAUUUAAGGACUGGUCUUCUUUAAGCUCUGAGUUGCCAAACCCCAACAUUACUAAACUAGUUAUUGAGUCAAUUCCAGCUCAAUACUCCACUUCCUGUUUUAGUUCUCAGGAAGUUUUUCAACAUCCAGAGGAAUCAUUGCACUCUACCUUCCUGGGUCCCACUGUGCCUCUACAUGAGAGAUACAGCUUUAAGAGACUGAUGACUAAAUAUAUCAGACACCUUAUCGGUGUGACCAAGGAGCUUCUGGGUUCAACCCUCAUUUUGAUUAAUUGUCUUGUUCUCCUGCUCUUCGAACCACAUUGCCAUUGUCCUCACUCACACUGUCACCUCCUGGUCUAUUUGGAUGCAAUUUUAUCCAUAGUUGUUUUGUUAGUUCUGUUGGCUACAGCCCUGCCCAAGCUCUAUCGCUAUGGCUUGCUGGUUCUCCAGGCAACCCCACUGCAUCUUUGUGUCAAUCAGGUGAGACUUUCCCUCACUCGUGUACAAGGUGUGUUGUCGGUCCAUGAGCUGCACGUGUGGCAGCUCUCAGAUGUAUGUAUAGUGGCAUCCGUGCAUGUCCACUGCCAAGAAGGGAUGAAAAUGGCAGAAUGCUCAGAUCUAAUGGUGAAGAUCACAGGGGUGCUGAGCACUUUUGGCAUAAACCACUGCACCGUGCAGCCUGAGUUCCUCACCUCAGACAGGAGUGAUGCUGUGACCAGUGAACAGGUACCUGUGAAGCCAGUUUGCAGCUUGCGCUGUGGGCAGGAGUGUGUUGAGAAGCUCUGCUGCUCUCCUCAGGUGGACAAAUCCUGCAUUCUCCAAGAGGAUGGUUCCACCACUCCCAAGAAGGAAAGUUCAGAUUGUCCCCAAGAGGAAAUCUCAUCUCCGGCGUCCUCUAGCAUUGGCGAGAUUAGAGAUGUGGUUACUGAGAACACAUACUUAUGA